CAAUCAAAUAUGUAGAUAUACAUACAUCCUGCAUCUUUGGUUUAGAGAUCCAUCGACAUAUUGGUGAUAAGAACAACCGUUGACGAAAACAUGUCGGGAUUAAGCAUUGUUCCAUUUCAAGGCUCUGGUGCCAUCACCAAGAGAAAGAACAAUACCUCUUCUGCUGUAGAUAACAUGAAUGAGAUGUCUAAAAGUAUUAACUUUUCUUUCUGCAGAUAUGGCCAUGUAGAAGAAGCAAAAGAAGAGGAACCAAGGGCAACACCAAGGAAGUCAAAAUUUCCUGAAAAGGAGAAUAAGAAAUCUCCGACUAAAUCUGUGCGCUUUAACAACAACAAUUUGACAGAUAUUUCAGGACUCAAGGAGACCCUGUUUGCUCACAAUGUUGAACCCCUCAAAGUACAAUGGCUUGACCUGUCUUUUAAUGAACUCACCAUCAUUGAUCCUGUGCUGCUAGACUUAGAAAAUUUGCAGAUCCUUUACCUUCAUGGCAACCAAAUAAAAGAUUUAAAGGAGAUAGAAAAACUGCAGAGACUGAAAAAUCUUAGAAGGUUAACUUUGCAUGGAAACCCAGUUGAGAAGGAAAAGAACUACAAACAGUAUGUGGUGUCAAUGUUUCCAAAUCUUCUGAAACUUGACUUCAGCUCCAUCACAAAGGCAGAUACAAGGACAGCAGAGACUUGGAACAAAAUUCAGAACAAAUCUCCAAAGAAACCAAAGGCAAAGGAUGAUGAGGACUGAAAAACUCUGAUAUAUCAUUGUAUAUCAAGGUAUUACAGUGGUUGGUUACAGGAGAGUGUGAAACGAUGCUGCUUUAUAGAUGUCUCAUGUAUUAUCUUAAAUAAAUCAUGCUGUUAUAUUGUAUAUAUAAGUAUUGUUAAAAUUAUAAGCAUAUACUAUUCAU